CAGAAGAGGUAACCGUUUGGUAAGGUGGGAGACUAACUUAAGGAAAAAGCGAAAAGACUACGUCCAGAAACAAGAGGAAACUUACAAAGAAUUUUCUUCAAAGAACUACAAUAAAAGAAUGGGUUCGUCUGGAGUACAGAUCGUGUGUAUGGCACUGGGAAUUUUAGGUCUCAUUGCAGCGGUCGUGACCAUUGCUGUUCCAAGAUGGAAGGUUUCUGCUUUUAUUGGUCAGAACAUUAUCACUGCACAGGUUCAAGAAGAGGGCUUGUGGAUGGAAUGCGUGGUUCAGAGUACCGGACAGCAGCAGUGUAAAGCUUACGACUCGCUGCUCAUCCUGGGCUCUGACCUUCAGGCGUCCCGUGCCAUGACUAUCAUCAGCUGCAUGCUCACUGUCCUGUCCCUGCUCAUUCUGAGCGCCGGCGCCGACUUCACUACCUGCAUCGAAAAUGAAGAAGUCAAACCCAAAGUGAGUCUGGUGUCCGCUAUUGGGCUUAUCCUCGCCGGCUUGUUGCUGAUCAUCCCCGUCAGCUGGGCCGCUCAUAAUGUCGUGCGCGACUUCAACAAUCCACUGGUAGCCCAAUCUCAGAAGAGAGAGCUGGGUGCCUGUAUCUUUGUGGGCUGGGGAGGAGGAGUCCUGCUCCUGCUGGCCGGAGGCUUGCUGUGCUGCUUCAGCAGACCGCACUCCGGAGGAUCCGGCGGAACCGCCAAAUACUGCAGCAACAGCGCCUCUGCACCAAGCAAGAAUUAUGUGUAGAUGAAAUGGGUUAAACUAAAGAGUAGUUACAGAAAUUGAAGCUGUAGUAUGUGAAAUAUGUCUAUGUUAGCAAGUAGUCUUUAUAAUCGGUAGGUAACGAGAAUAACAAACUAGAAAAGGUUAAGAUCCAGAACGAUGUAAAUAUUACUUGUUUGGAGCUACUGAACUGUCAUAGAAAAACGGUCUCUAAGCUUUUUAACUAGUUUUACAUAGUUUACGGUGUACUGCUGCAAUUUCUUAAAGCAGCUAAUAAACAAUGCACUUGUUUAUUAAAAUUCAGGGAUGGGCCGAGCUUGUGUCCGAAAUACUUUCAGGUCAUUUAUAUUUUUUCAAGAACUUUUUAGGAUACAGGAAUCUACUGUAAUCUGUACAAUUGCUAUAUGAUGUUUUUUUUGUGUAUUAGGUCAUAAUCAUUUCGAUUGUCUUUCAUGUAUUUUCAAUAAAACUGACUGAUUUAAGACA